AUGGUCGUUGUUAGUCGUGCAAUUGGUGGUCUUCCUAUUGAACAUUCGCUCGAUACUAUUCGAACACGAUGGCAAGCAAAUCCAACAGCAUCACGUAAUAGUGUACCUGUCACACGUGAAAUCUAUGCUAGCAAAGCUACAACAAUGCAUAUUGCUACGUGUUCGAAACAUAAACGUCAAAAAAUUAAAUCAACAAGUAAAACACCGUUACCAUCAUGUAUGAAAACAACUUCAUUACUUGGUUCAGCUUUACACUGGCCAAAAUAUGGAAUAAAUAGAUGUGUAUUGGAUGGUCAAAUCUAUACUGUUUCAAAUGCUUAUUCAUUAGAUUCGGUUUUAUUCGUCAUGUAUUCUCUGUACAGUAGAAGUGGCCAUGAAUAUCAAGAAAUUUUCGAUACAGUACUCCGCAAAAAUUGCGAGCCUCCUGUAACUCAAGAACCAUGA